AUGGCUACAUGCAAGUUUGCAAAGGACUCAGGUGUGCCUCUAGGUACACAGGAAGACAGUACAGAUGACUGGGACAAUGAGGUGCAGAGGAUGGAGGUACAGAGUGAUAGGAAUGCAAAUGAAGACAACAAUGCGGCAACUUCAUCGGCUACCAAGGCCACCAAUCCUAAGAAGAGGGACAAGGCAAGAAGAGGGCCAUGA